AUGUCCAUCCUCCCUGCUCUUCUCUGCCUUGGGACCCUCCCCAGACCCACCAUCUGGGCUGAGCCAGGCCCUGUGGUCCCCUCGGGGAGCUCUGUGACCAUCGGGUGUCAGGGGACCCUGCAGGCCCAGGAGUACUGUCUGUAUGAAAGUGAAAUUGAUACACCUGUGGGCAGAGAGCAACCACGGGAGCCCCGGGACCAGGCCAAGUUCUCCAUGAAAGACAUCUAUGCAGGGAGAUUUUACUGUAAAUACCGCAGCCCCACGGGCUGGUCAGAGCCCAGUGACCCCCUGGAGCUGGUGGUGACAGGGGUCUAUGGCAAACCCAGGCUCUCGGCCCUGCCCAGCCCUGUCGUGACCUCAGGAGGGAACGUGACCCUCCAGUGUGGCUCAGGGCAGCAAUUUGGCAGGUUCAUUCUGAUUAAGGAAGGGGAACGCACGCCCCCCUGGACCCUGGACUCACAGCGACUCCCCAGUGGGCAGUCCCAGGCCCUGUUCCCUGUGGGCCCCGUGACGUCCGUCCACAGGUGGAGGUUCAGAUGCUACGGCUGUUACAGGAACACUCCCCAGGUGUGGUCUCAGCCCAGUGACCCCCUGGAGCUCGUGGUCUCAGCCCAGGGUCUGCAGUGGUACUGGAAGGUGCUGAUCGGGGUCUCGGCGGCCCUCACGCUGCUGCUCGCCCUCCUCCUCUUCCUCUUCCUCCGACACCGGAGUCAGAAAAAAGGCAGGACGUCGGAUGCUGCCGUGAAGGACCCACAGGCUGGGGAGGGCGUGGAGCUGGACCCUCGGCAGAACAGGCCCCGUGACGACCCCCAGGGUGUGACAUGUGCCCAGGUGAACCGCUCAAGAUCAAGGCUCAGGCAGGGAAUGGCCCCCUCUCCUUCCCUCCUGUCACGGGAAUUGCUGGACAGGAAGGGCAGACAAGCAGAAGGGGACAGACAGAUGGACAGCCAGGCUGCUGCACCUGCGGCCCCCCAGGAGGUGACCUACGCCCAGCUGGACCGCCUGAGCCUCAGACGGGAGAGGAGUGCCCCCCCUUCCUCCCCGUCAGAGCAGCCCCCGGCUGAGCCCAGCGUGUACGCUGCUGUUGUCGUCCACAUGCCCAGGAAGGGCCCCGACCCCACACUCCAGGGCGGGGGCCUGCAGGGACCUCAGAAGGCACAGGAGCUGCCCCAAAAGACACCCAGCUAG